UAUUCAUCCUACCUCCUCUACAGGCUGGCAGAGGAGUUUAACUCAUAAGAAAAUGGACACAUGGAGAUUGCACAGCUGUAAAAAAUAAAAAAUAAGUCGCUGUUGAAACCAUGAAACUCGCCACUGUGAUAUUUUACGGGUUAUCUCUGGGGCUGCUGGCUGUCGGCCUGCGAGAGUUGCUGACUGGCUUCGAGGAGAACAGAUGCAGUAUGACCUAUAUGUUUGAAUACCCGGAGUACCGCCGCGUGGCCCUGCCUCGCCGCGUGGCCAGACUUUACCCAGCGUACGGACUCUACCUGUACGGAGAGGGUCUGUACGCCCAGGAGACCCGUUCCCUUAAACUCACCGGUGCCCCUGUGCUCUUCUUGCCUGGAAAUGCAGGCAGCUAUAAACAAGCUCGCUCACUGGGCUCUGUGGCCUUAAGGAAGGCUGAAAACAUGGAGGGAGGUCUCCACUUCAACGUGUUCACGGUGGACUUCAACGAGGAGCUGGUGGCUCUUUACGGAGGCAGCUUGCUCCGACAGACGCACUUCCUGCACGAGAGCAUCAAAGCCAUCCUGAAGCUCUACAAGCACCUGAAGGCCCCCCCUCAGAGUGUGGUGCUGGUGGGUCACUCCAUGGGAGGAGUGGUGGCCCGGGCGCUGUACACGUUACCCCGCUUCAACACUAACCUGGUCAGCCUCAUCAUCACCCAGGCCUCCCCUCACCUGGCUCCAGUGCUGGUCCUGGACCCCUACCUGCUGGAUUUCUACUCUACUGUGCGACAGAAGUGGGUGAGCCAGGCGAAAAGGCUCAGGAACGUCACGGUCCUGUCAGUCGGUGGUGGUUACCGUGACUACCAGGUCCGCUCCGGUCUGACAUCCCUACCUUGUCCCCCAGGAGACCCCAAUAAGUUGUCACUGGUGGCAACUGCAGUUCCAAGGACAUGGGUGUCCACUGACCAUCUGUCCAUCGUUUGGUGCAAAGAGCUUGUUCUCGCUUCUGUCCGAGCCUUUUUUGACCUCAUCGAUCCUGAAACCAGACAGUUCACAGACGACCCAGAGAAGAAAAUGACUGUUCUGAACCAUCACUUCAUUAGACACCCUGUCAGGAUGUUGGAAGAAACUCAAGACACUUCCAUCUCCAUCCUAGAUUUUCCUGAAGCGUGGAGUGAAGUAAACACACUGCGUCUGGCUUACACAACACCGAAGGAAGGACAAGUCAAAUACUUUGUGUUUGCACUGUCGAGUCGAAGGAAAGCUUACAGUCAUUUCUACUGCAGGAGCAACAACAUGGAGAUGAGCAGCUGGGUGUACGGCUGCGUGCAGAGGAACGGCUCUUCAUGUGUGCAUGCAGUGGAUCUGUCCAUGGAGACUGAGCUUCUGCCUCCAUACAAGGUCCUGAUUCUGAGUCUCAGUGAUUUGUCUUCAGUUAGUCAUCUGGUUGUUUCGGCCUCCAACCUCAACGGCAAACAGUUCACGGUGGAGUGCGAGUGGCAGAGACAAGAAUCACAAACCCUUACUCUCCCAGUCCCACAUGUCCUCUCCUUCGGUUUGACUGCCAGCGAUAUUACAGUCAACUCUUCUGGUCUUCUUCACACCAUCGUGCUGCAGCAUUUUCACCAAGUCUAUCAAGCUUUCAGAAUCACUGUUACCAGCCAGUGUAAAGUAUAUAAAGAUAGAUUAUCCAACGUGUACAGAAUAAAGGUCCCGUGGUUUCGGGAGGACUCUUUAACCACAGUGAGUGUGCCAUCAGUGACCGAGAUCUCAGGGAUGCUCCACACAAGUCGUCUAGACAACACCUCAGGCGUCCUCCUCCAGCUCCACACUGCCCCCAACUGCCAGUAUAAGGUGUCAGUCAGGACUUCAUUACCCAGGGUGCUGGGACAGAUACUGAGGUUCUGUGGUCCCAUGGUGCCAGUGUACACAGCUGUAACUCUCCUCCUGGCCUGCGGGGGGCAGCUGUCCUCCAUCAGGAAGUCUGGCAGAGCUGCAGCCAUGGGCCAGGUGGUUGGCAAAGGCCUGCAGCCUCAUAAAGUCAACCUGCCUGUUUUCACCCUGCAUAUUUUACUCAGCUGUAGCUGGUUUAAAGAGGUCUGGUCAUUUCUUUACCUCCCUCCUGUGGAUGCUCUCCCCCCGACAUUCCCCGAUGCAACGUUUUAUGAGGGUGAAGUCCCCGUCGAAGAGUGGCCUCGCCUCAUGUCCCCACUCCUCUACCUCUUCGGGGCAGCCGUGGCAUAUUGGGGCAGUGCAAUCCUCCGUCUCAUCAUACGCCUGAUCUCUUUAGUAUUAGCUGCACUACACAGACCAUCAGUCUCUAGAGACUGCGGAACCCUGCAGCUGCGGCCCCAGCUCCUCAUCACUCUGUCUCUGGCUGUUUUUGGCGGAGUGUCCUGCGGGGCGAUGUCACUGUCUGUCGCCUUUAUGCUCCACCUUUACAGAGUACUCAGACUACAGAUGACAGAAAGAUCUUUGAGUCACAUGCUGAAUCUGGCUCCCGGGAAGCACAAAGAAACCGAGAACGGCAAAGUCGAUGUCGAGACUUCAGCCAAGUCCAGGGAAUGUAAUGGCGCCCCCUUUCUGUCUGAGUGCGCUCUGCAGGAGGUGAGGGAUGAUCUGCAGCUCCACCUCUGCCUGUCAUCUGUCCUCACUCUACCCGUCAUGCUCAGCGCACCAUCACUUAUCCACUGGAUCCGCAACCUGAGAUAUUCCGCCCAGUUGGAUCCUGACCCUUGUUGGCCGCACAUUGUGCCUCUAAUCAUCGUCUACAUGCUGCUUAUUAACUGUAACACUUUAAAACUCAGCAACAGUAAACUUCUGCCUCUGACGUCCUGCCUCCCUCUGCCCCUGUCCAUCGCCAUGGUGAUGUUCUCUCCCCUCCACCUCUACAGAGUCACCUACUUCCUGUUGGCGACGCUCGUCCCUCUGGCUUUGUGCUGUCUGCUCUGACGGUAUCUGGCUGCUGUCAGCCCUCAUCUCUACCAUAACAAGCCUUUCUCUAAGUUACAGCUUGACUCACUGGAGCCGGUUGA